AUGGGAGCCUCCAGCACUCACUUGGCAGGCGCCGAGUGCGGGCACAAAGCGGCGCAUGCAGCCUGCUCCGGGGCCGAGGCUGCUCGGCGCUGCCUUGUGUGCCGGGAGCCGCUCCGUGUGCCCAGGCAGGGAGCCGCAGCGGCCGUGCCGGCGCUCGGUGUGCCCGGGCUCCGAGGCGCCGGGGCAGGGAAUCAUGCGGGGCACAACGGUGAGCAGCCCGGGGCUGCUGCUUCUUGCCCCUCGGCAGGCGGACUCCGAGCCGCAGCUGCCCCGGGCCAGCAGCAGCCGGCAGCUCGCAGGCGCUCUCAGCGCCCGGCCCGGCACGGAGCUGGGCUGCAGCGGCUGCAGAGCCACAGGGGCCGCGGCUGCGGCCGCCGCAGAGCUGCCGGAGGCUGCGCUUGUCUGCGCACCUGCUGCCGCACCUCUGGGCAGCGGCGACAGCGCAGCCACAGCUGCCACCGCCCUCCUGAGCCCCCGCACGGCCGGCACCAGCAGCGACCUCUCUUCGUGUCCCUUUCAGGGUGCCAUCAGCGCGGCUGCAAAGCUGUUCCCGAGGCUGAGAUUCCAAAGGAUCUGCCAGCACUCCUGAUGUAUCCGAAGAAAAAUAGUGUUCCUUCAAUAAACAACGAUUCUGGCUGUGAGCUGGAGGAUACUGAAUUCUACUCCAUAUAUGGAUCGUUGCAGAAGCUCCAGCAUCUCCAGGAGGGACCAGCAGCCGCGCUUCCACACUUGCCUGGGGCCCAAGAAGCCUCAGGGCAUAAACAGGGGGAUGCCACUUGUGAGUGUGCAGUGAGUGCAGAUGUGGAGAAUGGAUUCUGCACCAGUGAUGGGAGUGUGAGGGAGCCCCUGGCUCCCCAGGGCACAGCAGCAACGGGCAAUGAACACAAAAGGAACCUCAGAAGAUUCCUGGGUGAACGGUUCAGGUGCCAUCCCGUGGGCACGGCGGUGCUGAUUCUGCUGCUCCUGGUGCUGGUGCUGGCUUUGGGGGCGGCCUUGGCUGUGCUGGCAGCACCACAGGUUCCAGUCACACCUGCGACUCCGCUGUCGGUUCUGGGCUGUCCCCAUGGCUGGGUUGGGUACAAGGGUGUCUGCUACUACUUCUCACGGGAUUACAGCACGUGGGAUCAGGGUCAGGAAUGGUGCUCCGAGCUCAAUGCCUCCCUGGCCAUUGCCAAGGAUGAGGAGGCCAUGGAUUUGCUCUUCCGCUUCUGCCACAAUGUCGGUUACUGGCUCGGUCUGCGCAGACGGGGCGAGCGCCUGCACUGGGGGGACGGCAGCAGCUACAGCUCCCGGGUUCCUGUCCUUGGCAAUUCUGAGUGCGUGUACCUGGCUGAGAGGAGAUUGAGGAGUGACAACUGCUCCAAUGAGCGGCCGUACGUCUGCAGCAAGGCCCAAGCUCCCCUGUAACAGGGGCUGCACAAAGGACCUUUAUUACAGCGACCUGAGGAGGUCACUGGGUGAGAGAAGGACGAGAAUCUUGUUCCUUGAUCAGAAGGCUUGAUUUAUUGGUAUAUAAUACAUUAUAACUAUACUAGAAAGAAUAAAGAGAGAACUUGGAGAGAGCUGCUAAGCUAGGAAUAGAAUAGAAGGAAUGAAUAACAAAGUUCUGUGUCCAGGGAACCUGUCCCUGAGCUGCUCCUGUGAUUGGCCCUUAAUUGGAAACAUGGAAGAUGAGCCAAUCACAGGAUCACCUGCCACAUUUCACAACAGCCGAUAACAAUUUGUUUAUAUUCUUUUUCUGGGACUGUGCUUCCCAGAAGAUGGACAAAUCCCAAAGAAAGGAUUUCUAUGAAGAAAUGUCUGCAACAGACCUUCUCCACACUGGGCAGUGCCAGCAUCACCUCUGAGCCCAGCACAGCGCUGUCCUUCCUCAGCUGCGCCCUGUGCCUUGCACUUCCUCUCAGGGUCACCUCAGUGCCUCUUCAUCCCCAGUGCCAGCGCUGGGCUGGGGCUGCAAAGGAAAAGUCUCUGCAAUCCAUCCUGGCACCGAUGCUGCCUGCAGUGAGUGCAUUGACCCCACUAUAUGUGGGAAAUACGGCUCACUAUUUACACUUUUUAUAAAAGUUUAUUAUGGGUUUAAGUCCUGCCCUGGGGUGCUUGUCUGCUUGCACAGGGUUAACUCAACCUACGCUUUCUAUAUGCUGUCACAUAUAUAGAGCUACAUGUACAUUUAUAAGAGUGCAUGUAGCUCUAAUAUUUAAGAUUUAUAAUAUAAAAUAUAUUAUUAAAUUAUAUAUAUGUAAUAUAUGAAAAUUUUUAACAGCUUUUAAGAAUUGCACCAUAACUUUGAAUUUUCCUGCUGGUUUAGGUUUUUUUAACUUUUUCAGGCCAUCUUGUACCUUAAGCUGUUAUAUUUCAUGGUUUCUUGUGAUUCUAUCUUUUUGUAUUUUCACUCCCUGAUAAUGAGGAUCAAUAAAGUCUUUUUUUUCCAUGCUCUUGUUUCUGUUAUCUUG